UGCGUUAAUUCACGCCACAAGCUCGGUCCGUCAAAUUGACUGCCUGCUGCAUUUGGGAUGGGCAACUCUUGUACUUGCGACUGCAACCGGCGGCCACUGAACCUCAACAACGAGUGCGAGGAACUGCUGCACCGGCAGAACCGGAUACAGGAGCAGAGCGUCUUCAAGAAUCUGGACAGUAGCCAGAUUGCCGAGGUGGCGUGUCAGCUGAAGCUGGUGCGCUUCGCCCCGCAAGAGACCAUCAUCCAGCAGGGCGAGGAGGGCCUGGAAUUCUUCAUCGUGGAGCAUGGCCAUUGCUGCGCCUACGUGCAGGAAGCGCAGGGCCCCAAGGAGGUACGCGAGUAUCAUGCAGGGGACAGCUUCGGGGAGAUCGCGCUGCUCCGCGACGAGCCCCGGGCCGCCACGGUGGUGGCGGAGUCGGAGGUGGCCUGCUACCGGCUAAGCCGGGAUGACUUCGUGGCCAUCAUCCAGAAUACGUACCAUAAGGAAAGCCUGGUGCGGGGCGCCAAGCUCUUUGAGACCAUGACGGACGAGCAGGUGCAGAAGAUCGCCGCGCUGCUGACCAAGCAGUUCUACAAGGCUGGUGACACCAUCAUCAGACAAGGAGAGCCUGGCUUGGAGUUCUUCCUCCUGGACCAGGGAGAGUGCGUGGCCACCCAGAAAUCCUUCUCUAGCCAGGAGCAGGAGGUGAUGCGCUACAGCGCCGGGGAGAUCUUCGGGGAGAAGGCGCUCCUGGAGCACGCGCCCCGCGGCGCCACGAUCUCUGCAGUGAGCGAUGUCCACACCUUCACUUUGCAGCGUGCGGAUUUCGAGGCACAUUUGGGACCCAUGAGCCAGCUGAAGGCGCAGGGCUACUUGUCCGAUCCCCGGAAGCUGCUGGCGGACUUCUACCUGCCAGGCGACGCCCGGGGGCCGGCCGGCACGCUGCAGCGCAAGAACCUGAAGCCGGACCAGACGAAGAAGAGCCAGUGGUUCGUGGUCUACCGGCCGUGCAGCCGGGACUCCAUCGCCAAGAUGCUAGGCAGAGUUGGGGUGGGGAAGGGCCUCAACGUCAAGGGCAAGUCGGCGAAGAAGAACCGCCUCUCCGCCUUUGUCCCAUUCCUGCAAAUUAGCCAGAACGAGCACAAGACCAAGAUCGAGGAGUCUCCCUCUGAUGCGCGCACCAAGAUCUUCUACAAGACCGCGAGCUCCAUGGAGACAGCACGCCAGGCGCUGCAGGCCGUGCUCAAGGAGCAGUCCCUGAAGAUCGAUGUGCCUGAGAUCAAGGUCAUUGACACCUACGAGCCCUUGUCCUACGGUCUGGACGUCCCCGAGCCCCUGAUGCGGGAGGUUUACAUCAUGAGGCACGACAUCAGCCCGGUGCUGGGCUGGGAGACGGGUCGGGACUCGGAGCCGGCCUUCAUGGACAUGAACCUCCAUGCUGUCCGGGACAAGUCGCUACCAGAGGUGGUGCUGUUUCAGCACGACGCCACGGAUCCCAUGAACCCUUUGGGCCUGCUGAUCGCCUACGCGGAGAGCGCGGUGAAGCCGGUGGUCUCGGACUUCGACACCUUCACCGUGGGCAGCCGCGGCUUCUCUUACUCCCCGAUCCCGGAGAAGCAGAUCGAGCUGAUCCACUGGUCUUUGAAGCACACGGAGGAGCUACUCCAGCAGCCCACGGCCAAAGGAUGGACUGGCAGAUGGCUGGAUGUGCUCAAGGACGAGGCGAACAAGGGCUUCCACCCCACCAUCCCCAAGUACGGCUUCGGGGACGAGACCUCCUGCAGUCUCAUCGACGACGUGGUGACGGAGACUUCCGCCUGCGGGGCCGUGCGCCACGGGGCGGAGUGCUUCAACUUCUACUUCCCGCAGGAGUUGGAUCAGGAGUUCCUGAUCGUGUGGGACGGCUUCCAGGAUCCUCCCUGGCGAAGUGUCAGCGAGCUGGAGCUGAGGGACUUUCUGUCGAAGCGCGUGGACGACGGAUACACCUUCCCCUUCAACCCUGUUUGGCCGGUUCGCGAUCCAGGUUGGUACAAAGUGGUGCAGAAGCUGAGAGAGGCAGACGAGGGCAAAGCAUCCCUCAAGUGCUGGUACCCGGAAAAGACAGGUAUUCUGAAGGAAAUCGACAGAAUACAUGCAAAGCACAAGCAGUGCUUCACCAAGAAGACACCAUUGCGGGAGCAAUCCUUCAGCGCCGCCAUGCAGGACGUCGUAGGCUGCGAGAUGGCGGACCUAGCCGCGCACGAGGUGAGGCGGGUCGUGCAGCAGCGAUGGCGGCGUAUACGCACGGCCAUGCGGAUCUAUGCCAGGAUGCAGAUCCAACAAGCCAGAGCCAAAGCGAGGGCCAAGGCUGGCGCGUGACGUUUGCAGAGCCUGCGGCUCGCGGCUUCCACGCCAACGGUCGCUUUUCCUACGUGGCGCGGGCGGCGCGUGAGCUGUGCCCCUGGGUGUUGCAACUGCAACCGAAAUCUCACCUCAGGCAUGAGCCUAUGUCAGCCUCGAAGCUAGGGUGGGGCGAAAGGUUGGUUUAGGG